AUGAGACUCUCCCCAAUGAGAUCUCUACACCAAGCUCCAACGCUCAUUUCAGCCACAACAGCCACAAAACUCACCAUCAAACCACAGUGCAUAACCUUAACUCAACCAGCCAAGCCCAACACCUUACAACAAUCCAAUGACACCGUUAAAAAGAUGGAGAAAAUGAUGAACUUGUCAUCAUCGUUUGCAUCAUCAUCAUCAUCAUCGGAGAAAGUUGGGAAGAGAUGGAAGGAGUACCAAGGAAUGAGAAACUGGGAUGGUUUACUAGACCCAUUGGAUGAGAAUCUUCGUGGUGAAAUCCUUCGCUAUGGUCAUUUCGUUGAGGCUGCUUAUAAAUCCUUUGAGUUCAACCCUUCCUCUUCAAACUACGCCACAUGCAAGUUCCCCAAGAGCACACUCUUCGAACGAUGUGGUUUAUCUAACACAGGUUACAAGGUAACUAAACACCUACGUGCAACCUCAGGGAUUCAAUUACCUGGUUGGGUUGACAAGGCACCGAGUUGGGUUGGAACUCAAUCAAGCUACGUUGGUUACGUCGCAGUGUGUGACAACAAAGAAGAGAUUAAAAGACUUGGUAGAAGAGACGUGGUUAUUGCAUUUAGAGGAACCACCACAUGCUUGGAAUGGCUCGAGAAUCUUCGUGCCAAUCUUACUCACAUUCCAUGCAACACCAACAACAUUAUGUCCUCUGAAAAUGGAGUACCAAUGGUGGAAAGUGGGUUCUUGAGUCUCUACACUUCAGCAGCCACUACUAACCCUUCAUUCGUGAGUUUACAAGAGAUGGUGCGGCAAGAGAUUCAUCGGAUUCUCCAAACCUACGGCGGAGCACCGCUGAGCUUGACCAUUACCGGCCACAGUUUGGGAGCGGCAUUGGCCACUCUCACGGCGUACGACAUAAAAACCUCCUUCCCCCGGCCACCGCUUGUGACUGUUAUAUCCUUCGGCGGCCCCCGUGUCGGAAACCGGAGCUUCCGGCAAAGCCUUGAGAAGCAAGGGACUAAGGUCUUGCGUAUUGUGAACUCCGAUGAUGUUAUAACAAAAAUGCCUGGCUUUGUGUUUGAUGAGGUGGACAAAAAUCGUGCUGACGUGUCAAGCAAUGGGAUGUUCCACGUGGCUGGUUUUCCAAGCUGGAUUCAAAAGCGAGCGGAAGAGGCACAGUGGGUGUACUCUGAAGUUGGGGAGGAAUUACGCCUUAGUAGCAGGGAUUCUCCGUACCUCAGGGGUGUCAACGUUGCCACGUGUCAUGAUUUGAACACAUAUAUGCAUCUUGUUGAUGGCUUUGUCAGCUCCACGUGUCCCUUUAGAUCCACUGCGAAGAGGUUCCUUCAGGGGUGA